AUGAGCGAUUCGAGUAAAAAGGAGAUCACUGAUUUGCACACGAGGAUUCAAAAGUUGAAAGAAGAUCUUCAAACGAGCAAGAGUGCAAAAAUGAAUGCUGAACAAGGGAAUGCGAAAAGGGAAAAGAUCACGAAGAUGAGUGCAGAGGUGGUCGACUCAAAUCCUUACAGCCGUUUGAUGGCUUUAAAACGAAUGGGAAUUGUUGAUGAUUAUGAGAGAAUUCGAGAGAAAACCAUUAUUGUUGUCGGAGUUGGAGGUGUUGGUAGUAUUGUCGCUGAUAUGUUGACGAGAUGCGGCGCUGGGAAAUUGAUUCUUUUCGAUUAUGAUAAGGUAGAAUUAGCCAACAUGAAUCGCCUUUUCUAUCAACCGCAUCAAAGUGGCUUGUCGAAAGUGGAAGCGGCUAAGGACACAUUAAUACAUAUCAAUCCCGAUGUCGAGUUCGAAACUCACAACAUGAACAUCACCACCAUGGAAAACUUUAAUAAAUUUGUGGAUCGGAUAAGGCACGGUUCUUUAACUGGUGGAAAAGUGGAUCUUGUGCUUUCGUGUGUUGACAAUUUUGAAGCAAGAAUGACAAUAAAUACGGCUUGCAACGAGGAGAUGCAAAUCUGGAUGGAGUCGGGGGUGAGCGAGAACGCCGUCUCCGGGCACAUUCAAUUCAUCGAACCGGGACGAACGGCUUGUUUUGCGUGCUUACCUCCACUAGUCGUUGCGAUGAAUAUCGAUGAAAAGACGCUGAAAAGAGACGGUGUUUGCGCGGCGUCUUUGCCGACAACGAUGGCCGUCGUAGCUGGUUUCCUCGUGCAGAACACGUUAAAAUAUCUACUGAAAUUUGGCGAGGUUUCGAUGUAUGUCGGGUACAAUGCUUUAAACGACUUUUUCCCGAAAGAGUCAAUGCUCGCCAAUCCGGAAUGUGAUGAUAAAUACUGCAGAAAACGGCAAAAGGAGUACAAAGAACGAAUUGCUAAUGAGAAAGUCGUGGAAAAAGAGAUUGUAAUUGAAAGCGAUCAGAUCACGCAUGAGGAUAAUGAUUGGGGAAUCGAGUUGGUUGAGGAAAGUGCGCCCGAGAUAAAACAAGAGACGCGUAAAGUGGCUGAAGGUCUACAACUUCUCUAUGAUCCUGUAAAGCAUGUAGAGAUGGAAAGCGCUGAAACCUCGUCCCCAGCCAUCGAUUUGAGCUCUUUGAUGGCUCAAUUAAAGGAAAUGAACAAA